AUGCCCGACCCAGGCCUGAUCGCGACGCUCCAUGUGGCCGGUCCGCACGAGUCGAGGAAGACGGCUGAACGCACGCUCAUGGCGAAUCAGAACCGAUUGCCAUUUAUCAGCAGUUGUGGCAGCAAUGGCAGCAGUAAGAUGUCUGGCCUCUUCCAAGCCGCCCGGCUGCAGCUCCGCUUCGACAGCCUGCGACGCAACCGGGCCGGCUUCGUCUUCGGCUCGAGCACGGACUGCGAUAUUGUCCUGCCCAGAGGCCUAGCGCCGUAUUUUUGCAUCCUCGCCUUUGAUCUGCAGCGACGGCUUAUCCUGCGCGAACUGCAGGGCGCCAGCCUCUCGGUCCGCUACGGCGACAAGGCCGGCCAUCCGCUCUCCGGCGCCGUCUGGCUUCUCAGCGGCCACCGCUUCACCGAGAAAUAUACGCCUUUGGUCAUACGGCUGAGCGAGACCCUCAGCUUCCGCAUCGAGGUCGCCGCUCACCACAUCGACUCAACUGUCUACCAGACUAGCGUCGAUCGCUUUCCCGACCACUACGACGCCGCCUGGAACCUCGUACCUGACCCCGGCUUCACCCACGACGAUAAUCCCCCGCCCGGCCCCGCCUCCGUCUUGCUGGAUGAUCGCCAGCUCGGCCGAGGCGGUCAGGCAAGAGUCGACCGCGUCUGGGAUGCCCGCACCGGCAUCUACUAUGCUGCCAAGAUCCCUCUCCGUGACUCCUGCUGGAGACGGCUGAAAAUUGAGGCUAGCCUGCUGGCAAGAAUCGACCAUGAACACGUGAUCAAGCUGCUUUACCUGUCGCCGUCGCCAAACCGGCGGCUGAUUCUGGAGUACGCUGCCGGCGGAACGGUCGCCAAGCUAGCAGCCGAUAAGGCCAUAUCCUGCGACGAGAGCCUGGCUGUUGUCGGCCAGUGUCUCCUCUACAUGCCCCCUGAGGCCCGGGAGGCCCCCGACGUCCGCGAGGGCAGCCAGUAUACUUGGGCCGUCGACAUCUGGUCUCUCGGCGUCGUGGCCCUCGAGCUCACCCAUCGCCUCCCGGCCUACCGGCCCAGAUACCCCCGAAGGCUUGUCCGGGACCUUGGCGAGAAGAAGAAGAAUCGGCACUGCCCCCUUCUCGACUUUCUGUCUACGGCCAUGGUCGUCAUGGACCCCCGGAAUCGCUGUUCGGCCGACGUGUGCUACGACGUCUUCCAUCACGGGUCGCUGUGCUGCUGUCCGCCCGUGUUGGCGACGGCGACGACAGAGCCUCCGAAGCAGGAGCUGGCUCCGGAACAGGGGCCCACAGAGACGACAGAGCCCCCGUCGUGGGUCCGCGAGACCCUCGUCCACGCCGACUACACCGAAGACGUGCACACGAGCCCAUGCUAUGGCGUGGCCGACGUCUGCUACAGCCGCGACGGAUAUGCAGUGCAGGCUGUCUACAGCUACUUUCCCGGCCUGACCGAGUCUGCCUAUUCGGAGCAGCCAGGACAGGCAGCCAUGCCGACGGCAUUCGACUGCUAG